AUGUCGACUCCAGCAUUUGAUCCCACCAAGGCAUACAAGAGAUUCGAAGUCAAUGGAGCAUUUUUGGGUGAUGGCCGAGAGGUCGCGCUCCUCGAAUAUGUGUAUAGCCGACCGGACCUUGACCAGCUCAGGGGGAAUCCAUCGAGAGUCCUUCAAGCUAUAGAUGAGUUUGCCAGGACGCACACUGGUCUGAUCAAUGUCGGCGAGAUCAAGGGUGCCAUUGUCUGCGAUACCAUUGCCAAGUAUAAGCCUGCUAUCAUGGUUGAGUUGGGCAGCUACGUGGGCUAUUCAGCCAUUUUAUUUGGCAAUGCUUUGAAGAAGGCUGGUGGGAAGGCUUACUACAGCAUCGAAAAGAGUCCCCUUUUUGCUGCCAUUUCCACAAGUCUCGUGGACCUUGCCGGUCUCCGCGAUACGGUGCGAGUCAUCGUUGGCACAGGCGAAGAAGGGAUUAUGCGGUUGCACAAAGAGGGUGUCCUUGAGCCGAAGGUCGACAUGUUUUUUUUUGACCAUCACAAACCCUCCUAUACGCCGGAUCUCAAAGUUUGUGAGCGGCUAGGGUUGGUUGGAGUAGGCACGGUUCUGGUGGCCGACAACAUGAUUCAGCCAGGUAACCCAGCCUACAUGGCAUAUGUGCGCGCCAGUGUUGCGGAGAAACGGGAGUUGGACAAAGAAUCGACGGAGAAGGGGAAUCCGAAUCUCCAAUACCGUAGUCAAUUUAUCAAAAGCUUCGACCCAUCCGGCGACGAGGAUGCACUGGAAAUCACGGAAUGUGUCGGGGUUGAGGCUUGA